AUGGGCGUCGAGCACGCAUGCCUCGGCCUGAGCCAGCCUGAGCUGAGCCUCGCCAGUCUUCGCCCUCGUCUUGCACACGCUCUCGCAUCUCUCUGGGCCUGGAACGAGUGUGCCAUUCUUGUGGCGUCACUCGAAACUCGGCUGUGGGAACCCGGCAUCCGCCCGGAAGGCCGCACGCAGUUUCAGGCCACGACUGCCGUCUUUCCGGCGGCCGGUGUCGUCUCAGCCAGCCGUGCCAGUCCUGCCGACCAAAAUACCCCCGUUUCCUCCUCCCUUGACGACUCAAUCUAUGUCUUCCCGAACCCUUCCACCACUCCACCCUUCAGCCCUCCAAGCCCAUCUUCCUCCCUCUUCUCCGCCCCGACGGAUUUCGAUCCCAGCGACACCUUUUCACUUGGCUCGCGUUCCCGCUCUUGCUCGAGCGCAAGGCCGACGUUGGUGGAAGACCCCGACAGGACAAUCACCGGUCCUCGAACACGCUACAUCUCCCCCAAUGAGCUCGAGAUCGAUGUCGAACUGUGGGACUUGGAAUCCACCACCGACGCCAGCUCCAUCCUGCGGGACGAGCUCGAGGCCGAGAUUGAGCGCACCAACGCACGCGGUCUCGACCUCGCCUUCCUCCACAACGCUCGCAAGCCCCACCGCGCCAGGCUCCCGCCCGGGUUCCAAGGGCCCACCUUCUCUAUGCUCCCCUCCGCGCUCUGCACCCCGCCCCCGACGCCGAACGCGUCCCCGUUCGCCACGGCGCGCUCGAACCGGUGGACGGAAUGGGAGCACACCGUCCGCCCGCUCGCGCACCGACGCUCGCGCACCCUCUCGCGCCUCCGCACCUCCACGCGCCCGCGCUCGCCGCACCCGCGGAUCAACCUCCCGCUGCUCUCCGUCUUUGCAAGCGCGCUCUCCGUCGAUCUCGAGGACCCCGCGCUCAGCUUGCUCACCCGAGCGGACCCAGGAGACGACGAGGCGGUACUCUUCCCCGGGCACACCACCGCCCAGCUCCUCGCGGGAUCGGAGCAGGACGAGGGGGACGAAGAGGAGGAGGACGCCGAGGAGCGUGACGAUGAACAGCCGCACGGCCUCCCCAAAUUGCUUCUGGCAUCCAUCGCCGACCAGUCUGCCGUCGCGCUGCGGUCGCUCCGGGAGGGGCUCCUGUGCGUGUACCGCGCCGCCCGCCAUCCUGCCCCUUCCCGGCCCAACGGCCUUGUUCGGCCUUUGGCGCGUCGUAGGAGAGGUCUAUGCCAGGGGCGGCCAGGCAUGGAGAGAGGUCUGGGCGAUCCCCGCUGCCCGCAGUGCAGACUAAAAGGUGCUAUGUUCACGUUCUGA